CCUUACGCACGGACCCGUCGCUCUCGGGGGCGGGCUCAGUGGCGGAAGUGGCGCCGCCGGGAGAUCCUGUUCCGCUCGGAGGCGCUCGGGGGGCUGCCGAGCCGGACUGCGGCUGAGGCAGGAAGACCCUGGGCGGUGGCUGAUAUGGAGCAGCCUUGCAGCUGAGGCCCCGCCUUCCCCGCCGUGAGGUGGGGGCCCAUCAGGAUGAACAAACUGUCUGGGGAGCUGGCCCACGACUUGGAGCGCAGCCUGCCCGCCGUGGCCUCCCUCGGCUCGUCGCUGUCCCACAGCCAGGCUCUCUCCUCGCACUUCCUCCCGCCCCCUCCGGAGAAGCGCCGCGCCAUCUCUGAUGUCCGCCGCACCUUCUGUCUCUUUGUCACCUUCGACCUGCUCUUCAUCUCCCUGCUCUGGAUCAUUGAGCUGAACACCAACACAGGCAUCCGGAAGAACCUGGAGCAGGAGAUCAUCCACUACAACCUUUAAACUUCCUUCUUUGACAUCUUCGUGAGUGCAUUCUUCCAGCUUCUCGGGACUGCUCUGGGCUACGCGGUGCUGCAGGCUCGGCACGGUGGGUGAUUUGCGGUCACGACGCUGGUGUCCAGCGCGUUCCUCAUCGUCAAGGUCAUCCUCUCUCGAGCUCAGCCCCUCCCUCCACAGCUGCUCGCAAAGUGGGCGUUCGGCUACCUGCUCCCUAUCGUCUCCUUUGUCCUUGCCUGGCUGGAGACCUGGUUCCUUGACUUCAAAGUCCUGCCACAGGAGGCCGAGAGGAACGAUGGUAACCUUGCUGCCCAGGCUGCUGUCGCCCGUGGACCCCUGCUCUUCCCUGGCGCUCUGUCCGAGGCCAGUUCUAUUCACCCCAGAAUCCUUGCAGGGUCUGACAACGAAUCUGAUGAAGACAUUGGGAAGAGAAGCUUCUCUGCCCAGGAACGGGAGUACAUCCAUCAGGGGAAGGAGGCCAUGGCGGUGGUGGACCAGAUCUUGGCUCAGGAGGAGAACUGGAAGUUUGAGAAGAACAAUGAAUAUGGGGACACUGUGUACACCAUCGAGAUUCCCUUUCACGGCAAGACCUUCAUCCUGAAGACCUUUCUGCCCUGCCCUGCCGAGCUGGUGUACCAGGAGGUGAUCCUGCAGCCCGAGAGGAUGGUGCUGUGGAACAAGACCGUGACCGCCUGCCAGAUCCUGCAGCGAGUAGAGGACAACACUCUCAUCUCCUACGAUGUCUCUUCAGGGGCCGCGGGCGGGGUGGUCUCCCCCAGGGACUUCGUGAACGUGAGGCGGAUUGAGCGACGCAGAGACCGCUACCUGUCCUCGGGCAUUGCCACCACCCACUGCACCAGGCCCCUACACACAAAUAGUCAGGUGCCCCCCUAAUCGUGCUUUUCUCGUAGGGGAGAGAACGGUCCUGGGGGCUUCAUCGUGCUCAAGUCAGCCAGUAACCCCCGAGUCUGCACCUUCAUCUGGAUCCUUAAUACAGAUCUCAAGGGCCACCUGCCCCGGUACCUCAUCCAUCAGAGCCUCGCGGCCACCAUGUUUGAAUUUGCCUUUCACCUGCGACAGCGCGUCGGCGAGCUGGGGGCCCGGGCGUAACUGUGCCCCCUCACCACCCUGCAGGGCAGGGUCCUGUCACCACAGCCUUCAGAGCCAGAAAGGGGGCCAGCGGGUCUUCCCGGCACCCACAGAGGACCUGGCCUCAAGCACUAGGAAGGAAGACGUUUCCUCUUGGUGCAGCCCCUCGGCCCCUGGCUGCCCCUGACCUCCAUGCUUUGCUGUGCCUGGGAGCCAUGGCCGUGAGCAAGUUGUGCAGUCAGGCACCCCGGUGCCAGGGCUCUGCCGCUGAGGCCAGUGGGUUCUGCUCUGCUGAUGUUUACGCAGUGACUGGCCUUGCCUCCAGGACUAGAUGCAAGAUGCCCUGCCUGGCCCGGGGCAGGAUCUGGAAUGGGAGGGGCAGACCUGGUGGGAGAGCACCAGGGCCCCGAGCAGGACGGAGGUCAGGGCGGCCUGGUCACCUACGUUCAGGUGCAGGAGCCCCUUCAUCUGCCUGCUUUCUCAUCAUGCUUUUUUAGGAUUAUUUAAAGGGUCUGGGACCUUUUUCCCCAUGCACUUGUUGGGGAACGGGUGGCAGGUGGGGUCGGCGGGUGCUGGCAGUGAAUGUCUGCCGUUCCCUGUUUCUCUCCCUCCCCCAGGGUUCCUUGGGGACCUUUGUAAUUUGAGCCAAUUAUUAAAAAUGAACUAAAAAAAAAGGAAAGAAAAGCAGCCCCUCCUUCCUGGCCUCUAGAGGGAAGGGGGGCAGCACCGUGGAGGGGUGACAGAGCCAGACCGCUCUCACACACUCUCACACCCUUCUGGAGCCGGCAGGAGGGCAGAGCAAGGGGGCUCCCCAUUCUGGGAGACCCCUGCUUCCUGAUUGGUCCAACUGGACAGAUGACUGGUCAGAGGAAAAUGCCCAGGCCUCCUGGGAGGGAAGGUAAGUGGAAGGUCUCCUGCCAGGAACUUGGGGGAGGUGGGAGAGGCCCCGCAGCAUCCGUGGCAGGCCUUGACUGUCUUGGGAUCCCACAGUCAGUCUGGGAGUGGAGCCUGGGCUUCUGGGUCACUGAGGCACCUCUGGGAUCUCUGUUUCUCUGGCUCCACUCACCUGCCUCCUCUGCCCCAGCACACUCACCAGGGGCAGCACAGUGGGAUCGCAGGCAAUGGCCAGAGCAGUGCAGGGCCACCGCCAUCCCAGCCAUCCCUGCCCUCCCUUCCUCCUCCCUCUCUCCCUCCUCCCUCCCUGGCUGCAGGCUUCCGGGGGGCAGCUCAGCUAGCUUGGAGCCAGGACAUGGGCAGGGCGUCUAGCUUGGUCUGGCCAGGUACGUGACCCUGGGCAGAUCUUCUCUAGGCCUCUGUAUCCUACUUUGUCAAGACGAGACUCGUUAUGUCAGAGGGCUAUCCUGAGAUUAAAGCAAGAAUCAGAGCUAGUGCUUCAGUAAUCAAGAGGACGUGGUUCUGCCCUCAGGUGGGCACACCGCCGGCCUUCCCAGCUGCUGGGUGCUCUGCACCUCCCGAAGGGUCCUCAUUUCAGCUCCUGUAUGGCCUAUUCCUGCACCCUUUGCUGUGUCUGUCUCCUCGGCGAUGCCCCCUCCCUCCCCCCCCCCCCGCCCAUGCCCAGCACCCCGUGUGUCAGCUUCCUGCACCAUGAGCUGUCCCCCUUGGGUGCUGGCUUUCCCAGCAGCUGUCCUGCUCCCCCGGAGAGCCAGGCCCCUCCCAGGUGGCCCAGUAGAGCUGCUCAGGACUUUGUGGCCAGAAAAUGGGGCUCAGAGAGGGGCAGAGGUUCCCCCAUGGCCACGGAGGCUUAUUCAUGGCUGAUUUGGGGGGCAGAGCCAGAUCUGACCGCCGCUCGUCAGAGCCCCUGGGUUUGCAUUGCGCCUGCCUUGGGGUGUCGCUGGGGACAGCCGGGGGCCGCCUCCCACAUCUCUUUCCACCCUGACUGGCCACUGGGAAGCCAUUUCUCUGACUGCUGGCCACAGGAAAGGAAAGCAUCUGGCAAAGGCUCAUGCCCAGGGUCCCAGGUGUGGAGCUAAGCAAGUUCAUUUUCUGCCAGUGCAAUGGUGGCCAUUGAGGACCAGGUUUUGGUGCAGAUCCCGGGGGCUCUGCCCUUGGUCCCAAGGCAGAGGAGAGCUGUGGGAGCAGGACCCGAUGGCCUGGUCCAGAGCCCAGAGGGGGCCUCAGUUCCUGCCGCCGCCACUCUGUUUACAGACAGGCCGCUACCCAUCCCUGGGCGAGAGGGAAGGGGUGCGGCAGAGAAACAGAUGCCAAGGUGGCACAAGGCUGGCAUGUUCCUGGUCUCAGAUGGUGUCAAAGGAGUGUCACACACCUGAGGUGUCACUCUGAGGGACCUCUACCCCCAGUGGAGCAUCUUAAUCUCUUUAGAAGCCGACUGCUGACCCCAGGUGGCGGCUGGAGCCCAGUGGACCCCCCACCCCCACCCCGGGCCCAGAGGUCCCUCAUCGGUGAGCCUUGGCUCCUGCUUAUAGAAUCUGACGCCAGAGGGGAUGAAAAUAGCCCCUGGAGGAGGUGGAGGAGGUGGGCUAUUUAAGGCCUGGGAGGAGCAAGCUGAGAGCCAGUGAGCACUGAUCAUGGCCACUGCAGAGCUGAUCUGCCAGGUGUCCGAGGAGGACCGUUGAGCGGCGAGAGAGCCUUCUGGGGCUGAAUGGAAGACCUGACGCUGUCCACGCGGCCUGAGGAGGGUUGCUCUCUGCAUGAGGAGGACACCGAGCGGCAUGAGACCUACCACCGGCAGGGCCAGUGCCGGGCACUGGUGCAGCGCUCUCCCUGGUUGGUGAUGCGGACGGGCCUCCUUGGGCACGGGCUGCAGGAGUAUCUGCUGCCCUACCAGCGCGCGCUGCCACUGCCCAUCUUCAGCCCCGCCAAGAUGGUCGCCGCCAAGGAGGAGCGCGAGGACACCCCCACCCAGCUGCAGGAGCUGCUGGCACUGGAGACAGCCCUGGGUGGCCAGUGUGUGGAGCGCCAGGAUGUGGCCGAGAUCACCAAGCAGCUGCCCCCUGUGGUGCCUGUCAGCAAGCCCGGCGCCCUGCGUCGCUCCCUGUCCCGCUCCAUGUCCCAGGAAGCACAGAGAGGCUGAGACAGACGGUGACUCGGGCUCUAAUGUGCCUGCCGUGGGCUGGGCCCUUCCUGGCUAGUACCAUGGAGGGGAGCUGCUGGCCAUGGAUGCUUUGUAGUUUGCCCAGAGUUGGGGGCUAGGGGAGGAGGGAACCAGAGGCCAGGACACCUGGGUCCCCUGAGUUCCCAAAGGGAGGGGAGCACAGACAGUGGGCACAAAGGCUGGAGAGCUGGGGGUGGCACAGCCAAACAUCCCCAGCCCCAGGAGAAAGGACAAAAGAUGCUGGUGAGGACAGAGGUCCCCGAGGGGAGUGACCCGGGUCCGGGCUCCAGCUUCAGAGAAGAAUGAGGAAAAGGGGAUCUGGAAUGCUCUAGGAAGGAGGCUUGGAGGAGACUGGAGUGAGGGGGAUGUGAAGAAGGCAGAGGCAGAGUGGAGCCCCCAGCAUCCUCGUUAGCGCUGCAAUAAACGCUCAGUUGUGUUCCAGA